UCGCACGGGGUUGCCGGCGCGAGCCACUGGCGGGAAAAUUUACUGCACACAAAAAAAUACGCAAAAAGUGUUUUUUUUUCUCACCUAUUUUUUUUUAUUGUACACUUGCUAUGAAUAGAACGGUGUACUGUUUUUCGGGUGCGCUCCGAAGCGAUAACGUUAUCAGUGAUGUUAAUGACACGUGAGCGCGACAGACGGUAUACGCGUCUCGCUCGCGCGGCGGCUUUUUUGACUGCAGUGCUUUUUUUUCUCUAAUAGUGAUGUGCCCGUGCUGUGUUGUUUGUUUUGUUAAGUGAAGAUGUGGCACAGACGGCGACGGCAAUAACUCAAAAAUAUGAUUAUUUAAUCAUUAAAACGCUUAAAUACAUAUUUAUUUCUUGUACUUAGUGCAAUAAUAAUUUAAUUUGAAAAUAAAAAAAAUAUUUUGAUUAAAUCAAAUUAUAAUAAAAUAAACGGGUACAAAAAUAAUUAUUUACUCGAUGCUUUUGUUUAAUUAAAAAUUUAUCACGUAUUUUAAAUUUUAAAAUUUUUAUUUCACCUUACGUUAAAUAUAAAUUGUUAUUAAUUUCCAUUUAAUGUGAUCAAGUUAUAUGAAUAUUAAUUCAGUGAACGUUAAAAUUAUUUUAAUUAAUUUAAUUAACAUUGAUCCCGUGAACAUUUCGAGAUAAUAUAAAUAAUGUCUCGGACAUUUGCACCACAAAAGUGUUGUAUUAAAAGGACAUUAGACAUUAACAGUGAAUUAAUAGUGAAUUUAAGACACUAUUUGAAUUUUGAAUAUUAAAAAUAUGAUUAAAUUUGAACAAGUUUCAUUAGAAAUGUUGACGACUGAUUAAAUUUGAACAAGUUUCAUUAAAAAUGUUGACGACUGAUUAAAAGUGAACAUAGACGAUUAAAUUUGUUUGAGUGCAAUUAAAAUGUGUUAUUUAUGAGUGACUGUAGAGAACAGAGUUGCGGGAUGUAUACCACGUGGUACAGCCGCGGUGACAGUGGUAUGCACCACCACCAGAUGGGGCAGCUGUACCAUCACGGACCCCCCAUGAUAAAGACUGAAGCUGGCGUCAAUAGUGACUGCAUGAUGGCUGUGGACUAUGCACCUCCCAUUAAGAAGGCGGGUGCGUCGUCAGCGUUUGUGUGGAGCGGAGGGGGGGUGGCCGGCGGUGGGGGGCAGGAGCAGCCGGCCGCGCAACCAGCCGCCGUCCCCACUGGCACCUCAGGUGGUGGUGGGGCCCAGGGCCUGGUGCAUUGGAUGUCGGUUAUGGCAGAGCACAUGGGAGGGGGGCACCAUGACCCCUCCCAUUACGCGCUGCCCCCAUGGAACAACGGUGGUGUCGAUCACUGCCAACAAAAAGAUGGCCUGGAAUAUGCCGCGUGGUCACGGCCACGGGGCGCCAUGGCCAUCAAGCAGGGCUACGAGGCGAAAAUGAGUACGGGGGACGGUACCGUUGGUGGUCAUCAGAAGGCAGAUGACCGGAUUGGUCACCAUCAGUCGAUGAGUCAGAUGCUGUACGGCGCGGGCCUGGGGCCUGGACGGUCAGGGUCAUCCUCAUCAUCACCAGUAGGGGGCGCCAACGCUGGCAGCGGGCUACUGGUCGUACCUCAACCUCUUGGGAAGGGUCCCACAAAGCUGCAACCUCUGCAUGCGCACACGCGGAAGUACCACUGCAAAAUGUGUCCUCAGGUGUUCGGUUCCAAGGCAGAUCUGCAACUGCACACCCAGAUUCAUCUGCGCGAGGCAAAACCUUACCGCUGUACUCAGUGUCCCAAAGCAUUUGCCAACUCAUCGUACCUGGCGCAGCACUCCCGCAUUCACCUGGGUAUCAAACCAUACCGUUGCGAAAUUUGCCAACGCAAGUUUACCCAACUAUCACAUCUGCAACAGCACAUCCGUACGCACACAGGUGAUAAACCAUACCGUUGCACACAAAUCGGAUGCACCAAGGCAUUUUCCCAGCUCUCUAAUCUCCAAAGUCACAGCAGGUGCCACCAAACCGAUAAACCCUUCAAAUGUAACUCAUGCUACAAAUGCUUUACCCACGAAAAGGAUUUGUUGGAACAUAUCCCCAAACAUAAAGAAUCAAAGCACUUAAAAACGCACAUUUGUCAGUAUUGCGGCAAAAGUUACACUCAGGAGACGUAUCUAAGUAAGCAUAUGAAUAAGCAUGCUGAAAGAGCUGAUAAGCGACCUCCUAUAUCUGCAUUGGGACUGAGUGGCUUGAACAGGUCAAUAGCUGCGGCUGCACCGACUGCUGCACCCUUCGCUGAGCAUCCUUAUUGGCCGAAAGUCAGCCCUGACUCUGCGGCGCAUAUGUCUGAUGACGGCGGCUACCAUCAACAACGCGAGAGCGAUGAUCACCACGAACAACAUUUACAGCAACAGAGGGCGUUAUUCGCUCAACACGAGAGCCAAGAUGAUCGUAUUCAGCCGCCGGUUUCUUCAGCAGCGAAUUCGGCAUUCACGCCAAUAAACUCCAUGGCACCGCACCUAAAUGGUCUCUCCCACCAUAGUCCCUUGCCGACGAGACCAUAUCUGUAUGAUCCACUGCACUUUCAGCAAGGGAAACAGCAGCCAAAUUCCUUUCCUAAUCAGUUGAUAUCCCUUCACCAGAUUAGGAAUUAUGCUCAUCAGCCUUCGGCAUUGCUGCCGGCCGAGCAUAUUUUGCCGCACGCUCUAUCCCACAAAGACAAACAAUAGAAAAAAAUCCUUGCCGUUUAUCCUAAGUACACGUACUCUAGUACUUACAAUGGUAUUAUUAGUCUAUAAAGUAACAAAAUAUUAUCAAAAUGUUUAGAAUCUCGCUCUCGACGCCAGUGGUAUUAAUGAAUGUAUGAAAUACGAAAUUGAUUUUAUUGUUAGUGAAACGAAUUCAUGUUUUUAGACUUAAACGUGUAUGAAUACUCUAAAAUUUUGUGAGUAGAUAAAAUACUGGUUAUACAAUGUGAUUUCAAAUAUACUGUAACAGUGUUUUACUUGUUAUGGAUUAGUUUUCUGAAGACAUUCUUUCUGUUAUUUGGGAACAUGCUGUGUCGACAAUUAUUGAAAUUUGAAAGCCAAAAAUUGUGUUACCUCAUAACCAUAAUUGUUGCUCAAGACUUUGUUCCAAGUUAUUAUAAAUAUUGCUGUUUUCAAUAAGACUAAUCCUUAACAUGGAUAUUAUCUUAAACUCUUUGGCUAAAGGCCUAUUUAUGUUAAUUCCUUCAAAGUUUAUACCUCACAGAAUUGAAAAUUCACACUUUAUUUUCUAAUUCCAGUUCUAACAAGUUUGUUGAAUCAAAUUGGAAUUAAUUCAGUAACCAUAUUUCUAAUUGUUUUUAUGCCUUAAAAUAAUUUGUAAACAUUGGUCUCAUUUGUGACAAUAUUUUUAAAUUGUAUAAUAAAUUUUUGUUUGAUAAUUUUUUCUUUAAGUAAUGCAAAUUUGGCACAACCAUUCAUAUUCUUAACGCAUAAACAUAAAUAAACAUUAUAAUAUAUCCAGUGUUAUUUAUUUUGGACGAGAUUUCUUAGUUAUUACAGUAAUCUAAAAGUUCCUGAUAUACAAAAUAUUUGUAAUAGUUUCAAUGCCACGAAAUGUAGAAAUUUUGAAAUCACUAGUACUGUCUCUUUCUGUUGCAUUUUUAUCUUAUAAGAAUAUAUCUAUACUGAACACAGAUCUCUUAACAUCACAUUUGCACUCAGUUCCUACUUAGAUCAUACAUUUUAUUAUUUUAGCUUUAUUUCAACAUCUAUCUUAUGAUCAUUAGGUAUUUUAUGUUUUAUAUCUAGAAAAUGUGUUUCCCCUUGGUCAUUUUAUAGUUCAUAAACAUAAUUUAACAACGGUUGAGGGUCGAACAUAUUUUCUAUUUGAAUAAAUUUAAAUAUUUUCUAUUUGUAUAAUACAUUAUUGAGUGGCCAAAUCACUAUCAUUCACAUUGGGUACGAAGAAUGGCGCACUUUGUACAUAAUAUGUAAAUACGAGACAUUUUUGAGAAACCUUGGAAUUUAUCGAAAUGUUUUUUUUUUUUUUUUUGUUUACUUAAGUCUAAAAUGCUUAUGCUCAAUUAUAUUAGCCGUAAGACAGUUGUGGUAGCUAUCGGAAAUCAGACUUGUAUUAUAGUAUCAAUUGUUUCGAAAGUACUUAACGUUGGUCCAUCGAUCGCAAUUGUGGUUUACAUCGAUUUAAUUUUAGACUAAUUUUUGAUGUAUACGAAAUUGUUAUUUUUGUUUUUAAUAAAUAAUGAGAAGAAACACAAUCAGUGUAGUAGAAUAAAAAUUAAUGAAAUGUGAUAGGUGAAGAAACGGAUGGGAGUGAACAAUAAUAUUUUUUGAGGGAACGUACUUUCUUCAUAAUUGAUUUUCUUUUAAUUAGGUUUUAAAUUUUGUUAGGUUGUGGUUAUUUGUGGUGAGGUCGCAGUGUUCCCUGGAGACGUUGCUGGGUGACGUCGCGCCGUCACAAAGUUAGCCAAAUGUUAACUUAAGUUCGUGUACAAAUGGUUCCCUGUUUAUAAUAUAAUGUACGGCAAUACUUAAUUCUUCCGAAUUGUUAUUAAAUAAAACAAUAUUAGAGGGUUCACUAUUUAAUAUAACGAAUUACAUGACAAUGAGCCAAUUUACUCAUGGAUUUGAAAUUUCAAUGGUUUUUUAAGUUAAUCGCCAAUAUCUCUCUAUUAUAAGUAGAAAUGUGAUAUUGUAAUUUGAUUUUUUUUUUGUUAGUUAAGUGUAAUUAUUAUGAUUAAAUAGAUAUUUUUGUAAGUAACCUUGUUUUAUGAUAGUUUCGCUUUAUCUAGCGUUCUCGAUUAAGUUUAUUAGAUGAAAAUGACCGAAAACAUUUUUUGUUACUUAAAAUCGAUUAAAAUUACAACUACGCCA